AUGAGUCAAGUUACCAACAUUCAGCCACAAAAUAAUCAACGACAAAGGCUUUCAAAUGUUGGUAUAUCUCAAAGAACUCAAAGAAUUCGAAGAAGUCAACGGCUUUCAAAUAUUGCUCAAAGAAUUCAACGAACUCAACAUGAUGUAAAUCUAUUCAUCAAUACCGCUUUAGUUCAACGAUAUAAUGAAUUAGUUGAAGGAGCAAGUCUAUUUGAUGGAUUACGAGGUCCAGGUAUCCAAUUACAAAACGCUGAAUCCCAAACUGAGAUGUUUUUUGGACUUUCUUUCACAUAA